UACCAAAAAAGCCCCUGAUGGAAAAACGUAAUUGCCCCAACGUUACCUUUCCCGCUGGGACGGCUAGAGGCAAUUCCGCCGUUUAAAUCACAGCGGAUGACAUCAUUUCACCGUCCGUUCCCGCACCUGAAAAAGUGGGCAAAAAGGAAUAAAAAAGAUUAUCAAUUGCAUAAAUUAAAAAGAAAAAUAGCGCAAACCAAAGUGGGGCGUUACCUAAUUAAACUCCUCUCUCCAAACAAACUCUCACAAAACGCCACCCAAAAACACAAACCGAAACUAACAGACGCAAAGAGAAAGAAAAAGAACAAGGGAGAGAGAGCUCCGUGGCUUGUAAUGGAUACCGUUGUUUUUUCGAUCUCGAAAACCCUAACCUUUUUCUUUUAUCGUUUAAAGAUUCUCUAGAAUUUUCUCUCAAAAUUCUUUCAAUUUUUUUUAAGAAUCUAGUUGGCCACUGAUCGGAGCUUCACUUUGCUCUGCUUUUCGCUAUAUUGGCUUAAUUGAUAUUUGUUUCUAACGAAGAAAUUAAUAUUUAGAUUCUGUUUGAUUCAGUUCUGGCCUGUUUCGAUCCGGUUUCCUUCUGAUUUUACCUGCAUUUGUACGUUCUAGUGAGUUGCUGUUUGUUUGUUGUGGAUUGUGAAGAAGGUGUUUGUUAGGGUUUGUGGAGAAGAGAGAUAAAAAAAGAAUGGAAAUGAUAAAGUCUAUGUGAAAGGAGAGAAGGCGAUAGAAGAGAAGAGGUGAUAAUGGAUGAUAGAGGAGGUUCUUUCGUCGCUGUUAGAAGGAUUUCUCAAGGUCUCGAGCGAGGCAGUACCUGCCAUUCAACUUCUGCUGAGGUUGUGGCAGGAUCAGCAGCUUGGUUGGGUAGAGGUCUUUCUUGUGUUUGUGCACAGAGAAGAGAGAGUGAUACUCGUCCAUCAUUUGAUUUAACCCCUGCCCAGGAGGAAUGCUUGCAGAGGCUGCAGAGUCGAAUAGAUAUUGCUUAUGAUAGUUCAGUCGCUGAGCAUCAGGAAACCUUAAGGGCUUUGUGGAAUGCUGCAUUCCCGGAUGAAGAACUUCAUGGUUUAAUAUCUGAGCAGUGGAAGGCAAUGGGGUGGCAGGGAAAGGAUCCAUCGACAGAUUUUAGGGGUGGUGGUUUUAUAUCAUUGGAGAACCUGUUAUUCUUUGCUAGAAAUUUUCCAAAAUCCUUCCGGGGUCUCCUUUGGAAACAGGAAGGCGAUCGGUCUAUGUGGGAAUAUCCGUUUGCUGUGGCUGGUGUGAACAUCACAUUCAUGCUCAUUCAGAUGCUUGAUCUUGAAGCAGUCAAACCAAGGACAAUUGUUGGAGCAAUUUUCCUAAAGUUCCUAUCAGAAAAUGAAUCAGCGUUUGACCUUCUAUAUUGCAUCACAUUCAAGCUAAUGGACCAUCAGUGGCUUGCCAUGCGUGCAUCUUACAUGGACUUCAAUACAGUGAUGAAAGCCACCCGUCGUCAACUGGAGAGGGAACUACUACUCGAAGAUAUAACAAGGCUGGAGGAUCUGCCCUCAUACAGUCUUCUUACACGAUAAUGUUAGCGGUUGAAAGACUUAACAAGUAUUUUUGUCAUGACGAGCCAAGAUGAGUGCUAUCAAUUGAACACGUCUAGACUAGAUAAAUGUACAUGUGCUUUUUUCAAACAAGUGGUUCUUGCGUUCCCAUUUGAAUUUCUAGGAAAGGAUUGAGAGAAGUAUCGAGUCGAGUUUGUUAGGUUGAUAUCAGUGUCAAUCAAUUAUUUAGCGCGCUUGCCAGGUAUCCUUCUGGCACAAAGUCCUUGAUUGGCUUCCAUUCCACCAAUACGUUCCUUCAAAAUUAAACCUUAUGAUUCCCAUAGAAAUUCUGUAUUCGGCUGCCUGCCUGCUUU